UGUAAUCACUCAUUCUAUGUCGGCAACUUUCAGAGCGGGAAAUUUGACAACAUUUCAUGAAUUGAUGGAAGCAUUUAAAAAAAUAUAAACGUGUUUUAAUGAUGGACACACACAUAUAGAGAUUGCCAAAUAUCAUCAUCAUCAUGUCACAGUUAUUGUUUGUUGAAGAUGUUCGAAGUUGGGAGUCAACAAAAUGUCAGCAGGAGCUUGACCAUGCUCUCCCAAAGCUUGUUUCUUGCUUUUCCAGUGAUAUCAGUGUUGAUAGUAAAGUUGGGGUUUUGAAUAUUAUUUGUACAUCGUUUCUGCCUCACAUGAAGCUUGCAGUUAUUGAGACAAGACUCUUUCACAACAUAAGUUCAAAGAUAAAUGAUUUGUUGGCAGAGAUACUAGAAAAUGCUAAGCAAAUUCAAGAAGUUACAGAAAAGUCAUCUGAAUGCCACCAAGACGUUGUGGCUAUGCUGAAGCUUGCUUUAAAUAUCGUGGAAUCUACAGAGAGUUGCAUGAAAUAUGUGUGCGGAGCCAGUGAACUUGUCGACUUGGAAAAUAUACAUUCCUUGCUCUCUUCUGUCCUCAGAGUUUUAACACAAUCUUAUGAACAUUGUAAAGAGAGUCCUACCAUUUAUGGUGACCUGUUGCCACUUUUAUCUGAUGUUUUGUCCAGUUUCUUCAAAAAGACUCACCAACUACAAACUACAACAUUAUGCUGUUUGGAAAAAAUAAACAUCAAGUCAACUGAACAAGAUGUUGUUGAUCUUUGUUCAACCUGCCACAGUUUGUUGUCUCUUUGCCAACUGGUUCCAGCUCUUGACAUCAAGAUUAUGAUUGGUCUAUGGAAGUCUUUAGCCAGGCUGGCUGUCCAGUACAAAAGUUUUCUCUAUUCAAGACUCGAACUUGAAGCUGUUAUGUCUUCUUUGGCCUCCAGUAUUCAAUCAAAUUAUGACACCUUGUUAAAUGUGGCCCCCGGGUUCCAGAUAAGACAGCUGAAGUAGAAAAUCCUUCACAAACAAACGAGAAAUCUUUUCAGAUGACUUUGAAGAUUACUGGUUUCUUAAUGAAGGUUUUGGUAAAUUUCGUCAAAGAAUAUGAAAAUUACCUUGGCAAAAGUGUUGAACCAUU